AUGAAGUAUAAGAUACAGAACAAAGUGGAAGAAAUCGCUGACGAAGCCAUUGACUACACGUCUGAUUACUCAUCAGGUAUAGAAAUAGAAGAAUUAACAGAUGAAGAAUUUUCUGAAAAUAGUGACUAUAUAACUUGUCCAUCGUCAGUUAGAUUGGAAAGCGCACCAAUACAGUGUUAUGUGGGACACUCAUUUGAAUCAAGUCUAGAAAAAUUGCGAUUAAUGAUGAUGGAGCAGAAUUUUGACGGGAGAGAGAAACUCCGUAUACAGAUAAUAUUUAAGGAAGAGCGUGAUAUGAAAUGGACUACUGAUAUUCUCAAUUCUUUCAAAGAAGAAAAUAACGAUCGCUUCAGUGGAAUAGAAUUCUUCCAUGUAUCCAGCAUCAAUAAAGGCUGAAAGAAACUCCAUUAUGUACCAAAAACAAUAUUGAGGCUUAGUUUCAAUAGACAAUAUAUGACUACAAAUGUAUUACUUUGCUGGGUCAAGUUUUAUAGAUUAUGCGAAAUAUAUUAGUCUUAAAAAAUGUAUCAAAUAUAACUUUCAUCUCAUUUUCUUUUUCUAUUGUUACAUUCAAACAAUAAUAUGAUUUGUUUCAAGAUAAUUUUACAUUAUAUAAAUAGAGAUCCAUAAUUUAAUCAACUUAGUUCUUUCAAUUAUUGUACACUGAAAGGACAAAUGAUUAUAAUAGUUGUAUUGUAACCUUAAAUCAAGGAUUUUAAUUAGAAGGAACAAUAUCAAUGUUGAAUAUACACAAUUGCAUCUUAAGAAUUUGAAUAAUAAUGAAUUUUGGUUUUAUGUUCCUACUUUAUUUUUAUUUCAUUUUGGGAUUAUUGUUUUUCCAAGUUGGUUGUAAUAGUAUUGGAUUCUGAUUUUGGCUUUGGUCGCCACUAACAGUAAAGAGUUGUUCGACAUUUUUUGAAUUGUACAUCAAAUAAUUUUUGGAUCUUGUUAUAUCAUAUAUAUAUAUAUGAAAGAUUUUAGAACAAACUUGAAAGGUUAUUGCAGAUAAUUUCUACAAAUAUCCCCAUGAGGGGCAUAAAUUUAAAACAAAAUAUAUCCCCGAAUAUACUAGAAGAUAAGAAGCAAUAUUUCUGAAAUUCAAGUGCAUUAAUUUCUGGUAUGCAAUUUAUUACAAUGUCCUGUUGUUAUUGAGUCAAAAAUAUUCGAAAACACUUGAUGCACUUGUGCAUUUCUAGAAUUAUUUUUUUGUAAGUGUUGCUUGUCGUGAAAUACUGUUUAGUGGAUAUAUUUCCUUUGGGAUUUAGCCAAAAGCUGUUGACCAAAACACUCACGAAACAUCUAUGAAUUUGAAAGAGCAACAUUCAAAUUUAGCUGGCUUGUUGUUGUUAACAAUGAACAACCCCAAGGACAUAUAUAGCAUAGAAAUACAAAUGUAUAGAUUCAAAAGUGAAUAUUGCUAAUAAGUAAAAGCAUCUUUAGUAAUGUGUCCUUAUUACAAAAAUAAAUAGCAUUCAUAUAUACACAAGUAAUUUCUUUAUUUCACUGAGAUAUAAGAUGUCAGAAUAGAUAAUUUCUAACCCUUUUUUUAAGAAUACUAUAGACAGAAACACAAGUAUGUAUAUAAUAUACAUAUCUACAAUUCAACCUCAAAAUUUGAAAAAAAAUCAAUACAUAUUAAGCCAUAACAAUUUCAGGUUUUCUUUUGCAAAUUAUUUAUCUGUGUGUUGUAUUUUAUACUUUUUCCAGCAUGUAUUAACGGUUGCCAGUUUAUGAUAUGCAAAAGUAUGUAAUGGAUCAUUAUACUAAUUUUAGUGUAAACUACAGCUUUACAAUGAAAAAGAUUUUUCGUUGGUUUUUGAAUUAAUUUUAUGUGUUUCAAUUUUGAUUUGUUGAUUUUGUUUUUCUUAUUAAAUGAAUUAUGAAUAUGUAAAAUUAAAGUGUUUCCGAAAAA